AUGUUUUUCUUCAAGUUUUCCGUCAACCGCUCUCUAUUCCUGCGGAUUUCAACUAUCUGUAUUAUACUACUAAGCCUUCUGUGUCCCUCUGCUUGCCAUGGUUCUGGCGUCUCUAGUUCUCGCGGACGACAAUCGACAUCGACAGAUAUAGCAGUGUCUACUUCUCGAAGCACAAGAGCGAUUAGUUCGACCAGUAGGGUGCCUUUAGUUUCGCACAAUAUAUCAACCCCCUCUAGUUGGUCUACAUCGACCCUUAGUCGAAAGCACCGAGAAAGCAAUAAUGGUGGAACUAUAUCAGCUUUAGUCUAUAAUAAAUCUACAACAAGUCAACGAGCCUAUACACCGUCAUCUUUGACUACCAGGGGAACUACGUCAACUUCAAUCCAUAAUAAAUCCCCAACAAGUCAGCGAGCCUAUGUAUCGUCAACUUUGACUACUAUACCACCGCCUCCUCCGCCUCCUCCACCUCCUCCACCUCCUCUGCCACCUCCACCUCCGCCUCCAGCCUCUCCACCUCCUGCCACUCAACCUACGUCACCUCCUCAUAGCACUACUAGCACAUCAAUUCCGACACCGACACCGAUACCGUCGACAGAAAUAUGCAGUAAAAGUAGUGAUUGCGAGGGCUCAUCAUGUUCACUCGAAGAAGCCCGAUCUCUCCAAGAUCUAGCUUUACCUGCUUUGUUUAAGCGUGAGAUGGCGGGUCCAGAGAAUUACGGCGGCGAUGUGACUAGAUUUUUCUUAACAGAGCUAUAUAGGGCAAGGGUACGCGGGCAAUUAUUGGAUAUUAUGAGAAACGGGGGAGCGGACAGGCUAGAAUAUUUUCGAGAACAGGAUCUUACUACUGGUGUGACUAGCCUUUUUGGGUGUACUUCGAUUAUUAUUAUAUCAAAAGGAGCCGUAUGGGUAUCGCAUUGGUGGGAAGGUCCCUUUUUCCUCACAGCAAAUUUCGAUCAAUUUCGAGACGGCGUCCUUACACCCCUAAUUAACGGAGCUGGAUCGGAAAAUGGGGACGACGGAAUGCCGGGCCUUGGCGGGCUCACCGGCCCUACGCAACCCUUUGAGCCCUUAUAUGAGCCUCGAGCCUUUAUUAUGUCCCCCAGGGUACGAGAUGGUCACGAUACUUUCGAAUAUGCGGGUAAAAUCCUAAGAAUACGAUCGGAGCGAAAAGUGUCAGGUCACCUCUUGGGAAAAUCCUUAUUCAAUACAGUGCUACUGAACCAGGCUGUAAGAGAAAAUACAGGAUUUGGGUAG